AGAAGCCUGAGCGACACGCCUGAUUAGUCCAUCCUCCUAAUUGUUCACUGGCCUUCUCUGGAGCUGUUUCCUCCUACUGCGCAUGUGGUAAUCUGACUGACACCAGUCGUGAUGAAAUACGUUUUAGCCACCAAUCAAAGCAAGCUCAUGUUGGGACUUGUCCUGCUAUUUGGGAUAUUUUGGAGACACAUUCAUCAUGAACAGGAAGUCAGCCAUAGAAGGAUGGGAGACUUUCUGCAGCUCUGCUAGCAGGGACCAUGGAGAGGAAGGAGGAGGAGCUUAAACGAAGUCACUGGAAUCAGGCAGCUAUGGCUGAGGAGUUUGUGACCCUCAAGGAUGUAGCCAUGGAUUUCACCUUGGAAGACUGGGAAGACCUGGAGUCAGAGCUGGGCCAGAGAGACCUGUUCUGGGAUGCAACAUUGAACAACUACCAGGACCUUUUCUCCUUUACACACCCUCCGCAACCCAGCCUGAUUUUCCAGCCAGAUGUCAGGGAAGAGCUGGAAGCUAUAGUCAGAGGAGGCCCAGAAGCCACCAGUGAUGAAGCGACUGAGGCCAAGAACCCUCCUUUGCAGAGUGGUUUCUUGGAAGAAGACCUCUCUCAGAUUAUGGAGAUAUUUUCCACGGAGGAACUCAACUUUGAAUCCUGUAUAGGUGAGAACUGGUUCGAUAGUUUUCUAGGAGACCCAGAAAGUCUUCCAAGACCUGACAUCAGCAACAAGGAAAGCCCAACAGAUCGUAGGUGUCAUGAGUCCGAGAGUGGCCUCAGUCCUGGACCUCCCCAUUGCACAAGAGAGGGUGCUGUGAUGUCUGAUAGUCCUGAAAAGAACCUCGAUCCAGUGAUACUGAAGGAGUCCAGGAGUGACCUGAGCCAGCAGGACUCUGUCCAGGGACAAGAGAAGCUAUAUAAGUGUAGUGAGUGUGGGAAAAGCUUCAGCCAGAGUUACCACCUCAUCCAGCACUGGGUCAUCCACGCCAGGGGGGAACUUCCUGCAUGGCAGGAGCAACCAGGAGCUCUCAGUAAGGGCGCUCUCCUUCUCAUGCAGCCAGGAACUCAGACGAGCUCCGAGUCCUAUGUGUGUCAGGAGUGUGGCAAAAGCUUUAGUCAGAAUAUGUACCUCCAGUGGCAUCAGAAAAUCCACACUGGAGAAAAACUUUGUAAAACUCAAAGUGACAACCUAGAAAAACCCUCUAAGGGUCCGAGUGAUGAGCCCGGAAAGCAGCUGGUGAGUGAAGCUGCUGACUCAGCAAAACUGUGUGACAGCCGAGGUUGGGACCAAGAAAAACCACCUACUAAUAAAAGACAUGACCGAGAAGACCUGCAUAAGGGUCAGUAUGGUGACAGUCCAUCCGUUCUGCAUCCAAAGCCUAUCAAGCAUCAGAAAACUGCUACACGUGCUAAGUGCUUCAGAUGUAGGAGGUGUGGCAAGACUUUCAGUUGGGCCUUUCAUCUAGCUGACCACCAGAAAGUCCACACCCAGAGACUCUAUGGAUGUACUUCAUGCCCUGCAGUCUUCAACUUGAGGAAACAUUUCUUCCAACAUCGCAAAACACAUUUUGCCAAAACUGUCUUUGAGUGUCAAGAGUGCAGAAAGCUCUUUAAUCGGAGGUCAUCACUCAUUAAGCACCAGGCUGUUCAUACAGGAGAGAAACCAUACAAGUGUAAUGAAUGUGGUAAAGCUUUCAACCACUUCUCCACCCUGAAGAUCCACCAGAGGAUUCACAGCGGAGAGAAGCCCUACACCUGCAGUGAGUGUGGGAAAACCUUCUCCCGUAGAACAGCCCUUACUGAGCACCAUCGAGUCCACUCAGGCUUCAGGCCCCACCAGUGUCCGGUGUGUCCCAGGAGGUUUAGCCGUCCCUCACACUUGACUCGACACCAGCUGAGUCAUGCUGCAGAAAGGCUCUUUGGCUGUGCUAAAUGCAAGGAGACCUUCGGCCAUAAAGAGCAGCUGGAGCGGCACUAUAAAAGCCACACCAUCGAGUGCUCGUACGAAUGUAAGCAGUGUGGAGAACACUUCAUUUGCAGCUCAACUCUGAAUUGCCACCUGAGCAUACAUAUCAGAGAAAAUACAAGUGAGAAAGUUUCGGGUCAGCACUCACAGCACACUGAAAAAUGCUUUAAGAAUACCAAGUGUGGAAAAGCCUUUAACCACAGCAAAUACCCAGAGCAGCAUGAGAAGAUUCAUGCCAAGGUGGCAUCCUGUGAGCAGAGCCCGUGCAGGAACACCUGCGACCAGAGUAUGCAGCCCAUUCACUGUCAGAGCAGUUGUGCUGCUGUAAAACCAAACAAAUGCACUGAGCCUGAGAAAUGCAUUCGUAACACCUCUGUCAGCCAGCACCAACCUUCCCAAAGCGAGCCACCCUUUAAGUGUAACACAUGCAACAGGACCUUCAAGCAGAGUGCCCACCUCUCAAACCAUCAGUUGAUUCACACCACAGAGAAACCCUUUAAAUGCAAGGAAUGUGACCGGGCCUUCAAGCACAGUAACUACCUCAUUCAGCACCAGAAAAUUCAUUCUGUAAAGGACUUUGAGUGUAGUGAGUGUGGGAAAAAGUUUCAUCAGAAAUCAUGCCUUUCUAAGCAUCAGAAAAUCCACUCAGGACAGAAGCCCUUUAAAUGUGCUGACUGUGGGAAAGCCUUCAUUUUCAGUGCCCAGCUCAUCCGACACCAGAGAAUUCACACUGGAGAAAAGCCUUACGUUUGUCAGGAGUGUGGGAAAGCCUUCAGCCAGAGCUCAUGCCUUACUCUUCACCUGAGGACUCACACAGGUGAGAAGCCAUACACAUGUAGCACAUGUGGGAAAGCCUUUUCUCAGAAGGCAAAUCAAAGGAAGCACGAGAGGACUCACAGUGGUGAGAAGCCUUGUGCCUGUGACGUGUGUGGGAAAAGCUUUGGCUUCAGCACCCAUCUCAGGCAACACCAGAGAAUUCACACCAAGGAGAAGCCACGGUGUCAAGACUGUCAUAAAGCCUUUCACAGCUUCUCUGCUCUGAGCGAACAUCAGAAACUUCACACUUGUACAGCAGCAAGUACCACUGCCCAGAGCCACCUGCUCACAGCAGAGGCCCGUGCCUCUGAAGGCCCUCAUUUGGAGCCAGCCAUUGAAACUAGCACACUGCAAACCUCCCCUCCCCACAGUCCUAAUAAAAAUCAAUGAGGCAGAUUGGACAGACGCAUCCCAUCCAGACCAGCGGUUCUCAACUUCCCUGAUGCUCCAACCUUUUAAGACAGUUCCUCAUUCUGUGGUGACUUCCAGACAUAAAAUCAUUUUGUUGCUACUUCAUGUCUCUAAUUUUGUUACUGUUAGGAAUUGUAAUGUAAAGUUUUCCAGUGGUCUCAGGAGACCCCUGUGAAAGGGUCUUUCCACCCACAAAGGAGUCGAGACCCAUGGGUUGAGAACUACUGAUUUAAGAAGCUGUGCAGUGCCAGGAUUCGCUGGGAGACCUUAGAGCCAGUCCACCUGAAUUGAAUUCCAGCUCCGUCUUCCUAAUUAGCCUUGUGAAAACCAUAGAAGUUUAUUAGUACUUCAGUUUCCUCAUCUAUAAAUGGGCAUAACAUCUGUAUUCCUCAGGGCUGUGGUGAGGAUAAAAUUCUGAGCACCUGAGACCUGACACACAGAAAGUGGCCACUAUUGAUGAACCAUGGAUGAGCGUCUAACGAUAGCACAAAAACAUUUUUUAUGAUAAAGAUGAAAACUAGUAAAGUGUUCCCUAUGGCUAAUGUUCACUGGCUUUUUUUAAGAAUUAUUUAAUUUAUGUAUGUGAGUACACUGUAGCUGUCUCAGACACACCAGAAGAGGGCAUCAGAUCCCGUUACACAUGGUUGCGAGCCACAGCAUGUGUGAGAUUAGGAACAAGGACUGGACUGAUGAGGUUAGGAUGUCUCUGCCUGUGGUUACAGCAAAAUAAAGCUGCACCUGUUCCAAAGAUACAGAAAAAGUACAUACUGCGAAAGCCUGCAACCUGGCGGAGUAAGAUGGAGGGUCUCCACAUGGAGGUGAGGAAGGGGCGUCCAUACUUUACGAUUAUACUUUAUGGCAAACGGGCAUACAGAAUACAAACCAAGAGGCAGGAAGAAGCACACUCAAGAGAAACUGAGUUUCUGAGCUAUUCAGAUAAAAGGAAUUGGUACUUUCAUAUUUCUAGGCAUGUUUCAAAUUAUCCUUUAUAAUGAGCAUAAGUUACUUGACCAAAAAUUUCAUGCAUGCAUAAAGGUGCCUAGUGUCACUGACAAAAACCCUCAGGAAGCUACUUUCCCCCUUUUGGAUGAAAAUGCCAAAGCCUGCCCAGUCGGCAGGGAAGCCUGGCUUCCACUGUUCCAGCAUGGCAAGGAAGGGCGAGCUAGCCCAUUCUCCUCAAUCGUGGACCCCAUCUCCACUUACAUAGCUACUGGUUUGUGGGUUUUCCUGUCUGCUCAACACCCUGGGUGCUUUGGCAAAGGGAGCCAACUAGAGUCUUCUUUGGGACUUACAAACAUGGUUGCUAGGUAGAGCAUCUUUGAGCAGGUGGUAACCAUGUAAGCUGCCACUUGGGGAGGCCUGGAGAGUGAAGCUAGAGAUGGAAAGAACAUGCGUAGGGUGAGAAGAAAACCAGAAAAGCCAGGCAAUGCCAUUUAAACCUUACAUUCAUCUGUGCCCCAUUACUGAAGCACUUCCCAGUAAUAUAAGUUCUUAAAAAAAAAAAGACUUAAGUUCUCAAGGCUGGAGGGAUGGCUUAGUGGUUCGGAGCAUAUACUUACUGUUAUUGUAGAGGACGUGAGCACAGUUCCCAGCACUCAUGUCUGCUGGCUCACAACCAUCUGUAACAAUAUCUCCAGGGGACCCAGUGCCCUAUUUUGGCUUUCUUGGGUAUCUGCACCCAAGGGUACAUACCCAUACAUACAUAUACACAUAUAAUAAAAAAAUAAAAUCCUUAAAAAAAAAAAAAAAACUUGGCAUCGGGCAGUGGUGGUGCACCUUUAAUACCAGCUCAAGAGGCAGAGGCAGACAGAUAUCUUGUAAAUUAGAGGACAGCCUGGUCUACAAAGUGAGUUCCAGGACAGCUAGGACUACACAGUGAAGCCCUGUAUCGAAAAUAAAAAAAUAAAAACAAAAAUAAAUUUUAAAAAACUU